UGUUCGGCCAAGAUGAACCUCACCAGCGAUAGAACACACCGGAGCAUGGUGAAAAUGCUGACGAUUACACUGGUGGCCUUCAUGACACUCUUUGGACUCCUGGCCAAUAGCUAUCACCCCCGGAGCCGUGAAAGAUUUAGGUUUAACAAGUUCUACUUGGCAUACGCAAUGCUGUGGACCAUUGGAUUCAGCACUGUCUACGGUCGGCAGAUCUACAAAGAGUACAGUCAAGGACAGAUCAACCUGAAGGAUGCCAUUACACUCUACAGCUACAUGAACAUCACUGUGGCCGUUAUAAACUACGUUACACAAAUGAUGAUAAGUCACCACGUGGCCAAGAUGAUGAGUCGGGUGCCCUUCUUUCAGACCCUCAAAACCCUACGCCUCGACAGCCGGUCCUUGUAUACAUCGAUUUCCCUGGCCAUGAUCAAAACCAUUGGCUUUCCACUAAUCCUGGAGGUGGCCUUCAUCCUACAGCAGAGACGAACACACCCAGAGAUAAGUUUGAUCUGGACCCUCUACAGACUGUUUCCUUUGGUCAUUUCAAAUCUGCUAAACAACUGCUACUACGGAGCCAUGGUCGUGGUGAAGGAGAUGCUGAAGGCGCUGAACCGGCAACUGGAAGCGCAGCAGCAGGAAGUGAAUCUGCUGCAGAGGGAGGAUCAACGGAAGAUGACUACAACUUACUACCGCAUGCACCGCUUCUGCUCGCUGGCAGACGAACUGGACAAGCUGGCGGGCCGCUACAAGGUGAUAUAUUUCCAUGCCGAAAAGUACUUGACCCCCAUGUCUCUCUCCAUGAUCUUGUCGCUCAUCUGCCACCUGCUCGGCAUAACAGUUGGCUUUUACAGUAUUUACUACUCAAUAGCAGAUGCCUUGAUCGCCGGCAAGGCUUUCGACGGCCUAGGAGCGCUCAUCAGCUCAGUGUUCCUGACAAUCUCGCUGUCGGAAAUCACCAUGCUUACGCACUUGUGCAACAAUCUGUUGGUGGCCACCAAGCGUUCAGUGCUCAUCCUCCAAGAGAUGAACCUUAAGCAUGCGGACUGUCGCUACCGGCAGUCUGUUCAUGCCUUCACCCUCUUGGUGACUGUCACCAAGUACAAGAUCAAGCCACUCGGCCUAUACGAGCUCGAUAUGCAGCUGAUUAGCAACGUUUUCUCGGCAGUAGCCAGCUUCCUGAUCGUCCUGGUGCAGGCAGAUCUGUCGCAGCGAUUCAGGAUGCACUAA